AUGGCGGCGUGCGAGAAGCGGCGCGCGGCGGCCCCSCCGGUGGCGGCGGCAGCCCGGGAGCUGGACAGCGAGGCGGAGUUCCUGCUGCAGGCGGGCGUGAGCGCCAUGGUGCGGGAGGCGCUGCUGAAGGUGCUGGAGGCGCGGCCCGAGGAGCCCGUCGCCUUCCUGGCCGACUACUUCGAGAAGCUGGAGCUGAGCGGCGCGGGGGGCGAGGCCGGCGCGGAGCCGCCGGGGCUGCCGCAGCGCUUGGCCCGCGCCCUGUGGUACGUGCGYCUGGCUCAUCACUCCCACAGGCCGGCGUUCAGCAGCAACGUGGCCUUGGCCUACGAGUGCCUGAGCGGCGGCGGGCGGCGGCGGCGGGCGGGCCUGGACGGGCGCCUCUUCAGCGAGCUGCUGCGGCGCGUGUGCCGCCCGGGCCCGGCGCCCGCCGAGGCGGUGUCGGCGCUGCUGCGCAAGGUGCAGUGCCGCGAGCACGAGGCCGUGCCGCUCGACGUGUUCCGCUACGGCGUGCUGAGCUGCGCCGUGCUGCGCGAGUUCGCCGCCAAGGCGGGCGCGCUCUACGACGCGCUGGGCGGCGGCGGCCCCGCCGACAAGCGGCUCUGCCAGGCCGUGCUGCGGGCGCUGGAGGAGGCGCUGGCCGACGGCGACCUCCCGCCGCCCGCACGCUACCUGGCGGCCGGCGCCAAGCUGGGGCCCGACGGGCUGGCGCUGGCCAUGGAGCGGGCGCUGCGCGAGCGCAAGCUGAGCGCCGCCAUGAGCAGGGAGGAGUUCCUGAGGAAGGCCGCGGCCCUCUUCGUCGCCAAGGUCAAGGCCGUGGAGUAGCGGCGCCGCGUGGGAGCAGCUCCCGCGGGGCUGCGGUCAGAGGGGGCUGCUCCGAGGAAGCUCCGGGUCCUGCCGCGGGGAUGCACGGCAGGUCUACCCUGCUCCUCACCACGGGAUCCUCCUGCGGAUUGCUGCAUCUCAUCCCCUCUUCUGAGCACUCUYAGUGCCCGAUUGCCCGUGACACUUGGUGUUUCUGCAGCCCGGGCKGCCUCUCGGAGCUGCAGCGCCUCCUCCUUCACGACUGGCACUGAUAAACUUUUCUUAUUUCUUAAUUGAGGCCUUGCAGGGAGGCCAUAAACUGUAGGGCAACGUUAAUCCUAAACGAACCGAGAUGGUUCGAGUGUGGGGCUGGUGCUCAGUUAUCUUCCGUUUUCAUUCCAGUGCUGUCAGUGUCAUAUUUGUGCAGCUUCAGCAGGGAACUUAAUCUCUGCUUUUCAUUUUGUUUUCCCCAAGCCUAUAAAAUGGGGGGGAUGAUGCUUAUCUACCUCGCUGCUGUGAGAACUCGCAGGUAAAUACUGGGCUGAUGYGCUGUGUGAUACUGUUUGUUAUGCAUUUAAAACACUUUGCUAGUGGCUGAAAAAUGCUUGGCUGGAAAGCGGAAUUCAGUGAAAGACCCRCGAGCCUAAAAGCCCGUUCUGCCCUGGCCAGUAGCUGAGCGGUGACGCUGGCCUUGCUGAUAAACUCUCCUUUUGUUCCAUUGUUCUGCACUUAACAAACUGCCUUUGGCUUCUGCGGUCUAGACUCCGAACGGUAAGGCUCAAACUUGACUAACGCUUUUCAUUUUUCAAGCAAAACUGCAUGGUCCUGCUGAUUUGAUCAUAAUCUGGGUCUUUAAACAACAGAUAGAGUGGAAACCAACUCUGUUCCUUUAGGGGUCGUGUUUUGCUUUUAAAUAGGGAAGUUUUUUUAACUAUACGUUAUUUAUUUGUAUUCGUCCAUGCUGAUUAUUUAUACCGUGUGAACUGUUGGUUUACUGUACUAUAUUAAAGCUUUUUUAUUGUUAU